AAACUACUAUCAAAUUGUCACAACCUGUCAAAGUCAGACAGACCUUAGCGAUCAUAAAAUUAAAAAUCCAAACAAAAAACAUCGAAAAUGUUAUCUUAUAAGCCAAGAAUAAAAUGUAUGCACUUUCUGACAUAAUAUAUUUCUCAUCUCUGUUAGUUUGUAUAACCCUCGGUGGCUACUAUAAGAGAAUUGAGAAUCCUAACACGAAGCGCAACUAUGGGACCGGGUUGGGCAUACUCAUUACUUGUAUGCUGUGCGGACCAUCCAUGGCACACUCCGUCCUUAUGGUGUGGGGAAACAUCGUGAUUAUAAAAUGUUGCAACAAAUUAUACAUCCAUCACUUAAGCAUAGCCUACACAUGGCUCUAUUUGAUCUACAUAACCUUUAACAUCGAUAUCUCGCACUAUGUGUUGUGGGUGCACCAAGCCAUUGCCCUGCGCCUGGUAGGCCUAGCGUUUGAAAUCACCCUCGCAGAGAAAGCCAAACGACAGCCGAUCGCAGGAUCGCAGGCUUCAAAAGUCAAUAAAUAUUCAAAAGAAUCAGAUUUAUAUUCAGACGGGACAUCUAAGAGUUCGACCCACAGACUUAAUGUUGGCGAAUUGGCCUACGUGCCUACGGAGCCUAGUGCUGUGGACAUCAUUUCUUAUGCGUAUUACUUUAUUGGCUUGCAUAAAGGCCCUUAUUAUCGGUGGAAGACAUUUAACGAACACUUUAAAACCCCUUUCGGAAUCCUUGGCGACUGUAGAAUAAUAACUGAACAGAAAUUGAAGAAAGCUCUUGUGUGUAGCAUUUUGUAUUUGUUCUUGAGUUUCAAAUUUCCUACUCAGGUGUAUUACGACGAUGAUUUCUAUUCGAAACACGGCACAGACUACCGCUAUCUGUACAACAUCCCCCAACUGGUGUCCUACGUGCUUCAGUAUCAAGUCGUGAUGAUGUUGUGUACUAGUGUGUGUACGGAGGCCGGCUUUGGGGUGUACCCUACUAAAACACAGCCACUUCCUGGCCAUGGGCCCUCGGCUAGGUUGAGCUUGCUGCACCUCGCAGCCGUAACGGAAGAGGUGGCUUUAGAACAAGAAUACAAUUUCGCUAUGCUAAGGUCUUUUGAAAACGAGAAGUUGCUGAUCGGACCACGGAUGAGGGAUACGCUGAGAGGCUGGGACAUGUCCGCGCGAUACUGGUUCUGGGCACACACUUACAAUAGCAUGUCGAAAGCGAGGAAGGAAGUGAGGAGCGCGCUGUCGUUCAUGACAUGGACGCUCUGGUGCGGGCCCACGAUCCAACAGCUUAUAAUCUCCAUCACGCUCUGGGUACACCUCCAUCUAGAGAACGAAUAUGAUGAACUGUAUGAGACUGAGAAAAUAUUAACAUAUAAUUUUAUUAUGAAAAUGCCCUGGGACAUUGGAUUCUCGAUAAUGCGACUGUUCUGCCUGGCGUACCUCACUCCCUGCCUUAUACUGAGAGACUCGGCAGUGAUACUGCGUUACUACAACUCUAUAUUUUGGGUGUAUCAUGUAAUCCUAAUCAGUUUAGUCGUAGGUGCCGUAGUUAUGCAGAAAGAUCAACUCGUGUCUAGAAGAACUAUUGAUAUAAGCGUUUAAAUUAUACCUUGUUUUUAUUUUACAAUAUACUUUUUUAUAUUCAA